AUGGAGCCAAGUGCCACCAACAACAACAAAAUCCCUCACAAUCACAACCACAACAAGACAUUCCUCAUACUCCUCAACUGCCUCCUCCUCGCCGUCGGCCAGGUCGGCGGCCCCAUCCUCUCCCGGAUGUACUUCCUCCACGGCGGCACCCGAAAGUGGCUGGCCGCAUGGAGCGUCAACUCCGGCUUCCCCAUCCUCCUCCUCCCCAUCGCCAUCUCCCACUACUCCAACACCACCACGCGCCGCCACAACCGCAACAACCCUUUCGUCCUCACCACGUGGCUCUUCUGCUCCAGCGCCGUCGUCGGCAUCCUCUUCGGCGCCACCAACUACUUCUACUCCUUCGGCGCCUCCUACCUCCCCGUCUCCGUCAACUCCUUAGUCAGCUCCUCCCAGCUCGCCUUCACCGCCCUCUUCGCCUACCUCAUCGUCAAACAAAACUUCACCCACUACUCCAUCAACGCCGUCGUCCUCAUGACGUUCGGCUCCGUCAUCCUCGGGGCCCACAUGGACGGAGACAUCCCCGAGGGAGAGACCAAGACCAAGUACGUCCUCGGGUUCGUCAUGACGAUCGCGGCGGCCGCGUUUCACGGCUUCUCCAUCACGGCGUUAGAGUUCGCCCAACGGAAGUCCGGAGUCGCCGUCACGUUCGACGUGGCCAUGCACGUCCAGUUCGUGGUGUCGCUUUUCGCCACCAUCUUCUGCACCGUCCCCAUGGUUGUGAACAGGGACUUCGAGGCUUUGUCGGGAGAAGCGGCCGAGUUUGGUCUCGGGGAAACGAAGUAUUACCUUGUCGUAUUCGGAGCGGUGAUAGCGUUGCAGGUUAUGGUGAUAGGGAGCUUGGGUUUGUUGCUGUGUUCUUCGUCGCUGUUUACGGGGCUGGUCACGUCGCUUCUGGUCCCGGUUCAGCAGGUUUUUGCGGUGAUUUUCUUGAGGGAAGGGUUUAAUGCGGAGAAGGGGCUGGCGUUGGCUCUGUGCCUGUGGGGUUUUGCUUCUCACUUGUAUGGAGGGUAUAAGGCGAGCUUGAAGAAGAAGAAGAACCACGACUACGACGUAGAAGAUCAUGGUGAUGAUGAUGAGCAAGGAGCAAAGAGUAGUGGUGAUCAUGCUUAG